CCCCAGGUCUCGUGGCUCGUGGGUCGUCUUGUCACUGCAAGCCACCACGUCCACCAGGUUCAUGCAAUGGCCGCUUGACAACAAACGCCGUACGCGUGUUUUGCAUUCGCUUCGAUGCUGAUCGAUUUGUUCCACUCUAUUGCUAAAACACAGGCCCCGUUCCGCCGCAUCCGUUUCGUCAUGAAUGGUCUUGCGGGCCAGGCGUCCAAUACCUCAGUCUCACGAGUCUCCGCGCCUCGCCUGUCUGUGUUAUGGAACUCGCCCUCGUGGAUCCGCCUGUCCUCGGCACCCCCGCUGGCACCCCGGACUUAGUGGGAAAACUAUGCCUGCUAUUGACCUCUGGGAUAACAAACCACUGCGCGCCCAAUGCCUCCCACACCGUCGGUUACGGUACCGCAACCAACCCCGCACCCUUGGUGCGAUCAGCGGCACCCAAUCCUUGUCUAUCCUUGUACGCACCUCAACUUCGAAUAUCGCUUUGUGCAGAAGUCCACUCAAAACCCGGUCCACUGUGCUUUCUGAGUAUCGGGACACCUAUUGUGUGUUGUUCGCUUGCUACGAACGCAAACUAGGUGUAUGGAUUUUCUCAUCUACCACGCCUUCUGCUCCUCCGAAGCCGCGCUGUGCCAUAUACUCGUAUCUGCAGUUCUCGAGGAAAGUUCUGCUGGAAAAGGCCAAGCCAUCCCACGACCAGAGGUGCUGCUCGAACUGUCCUUGAUGGGGUGCGGACGUGUUUGUCGUACGGGAUCCGCAGACAAAGAUCUGUUUCGGAAUAUGGGCACCUUUUGACAACCUCUGUGGUUUCAUUGGACGCCGCAACUUGCCCGUGCAACUCGUUCGCCUGCUAGUACCAGCUGGGAAGCGGGGGUUCCUUCAUCAACAUAACACGUUUUCUGUCAAAAGGAUGAAAGCUAUGGUUCAUCUUCCCAUAGCGAGCUAGCAUUUCGUUCCAUGCUGGCUCAUCGCCUCUGGCUCAUUCUCCGGUGCUUUCUUGCAUGCCGGUCUUCCCAAGUCGUCACUUUCUUCCCCGUGGAAGGCCGGUCUCACUUAAAACACGCAUAUACCGGGGCACUUGUACGACGGAAAUGAAGACGAACUCAAACACACGCGUCGUCCAGGCGUUAUCCUCGCGCGUAUCGUGACCACAUCGCAGCCACAGCCUCGACGAAGGCGCCCAACCGUCCGGCAAACGUCUGGGAACGUUCUCAGGGCAGACACAGCCAGUCCGGAUGUCGAUUGAACGUGUCCAUAACUGGACCACUUGACAAUUGGAGACUUCCAAAAAUCCUAGUUCACCUUGUCGUACCGUCAGCUGACUGUGGUGCCGCUGAAUAGUGACUGAAUAGGCACCCACGUCCUU